AUGUCCGUGACGUGUGAGGAGAAGCCAUUGCCAGAUACAUCUACACUCUUCCCUUAUCUGCAUUCCAAUCCUGCAAGUCUCCCAUCAUCUCUGGAUCCCUUUACCAUUACUACGACAACAGGAUUUCUUCCUUUGAGGCCUCCUCGAGUGGACCUUCCUUCCAGUUUUGCAGCUCUUACUAACCUCCUCGAGAAAUUACCCAUCGUUCGACAAGAUGGCUCACCAGGAUUGCUUGCUAACUUCCAACUGGGUAACACUAUCGAUGCUGGCGCCCUCCCAGAUCUCAGUGACGCACUUGAUGAACUUACCGUUCAGGACGGUAAACCUGACCUUGAACUUAUCACAGCAACCUUUCGAGACUAUGCUUUUCUUGCCUCGGCUUACCUUCUAGAGCCUUGCUGGGAAGCCUGGAACGCGAAUCGGGAGACAGGGUAUGGACUUGGCAGGCAGGUGCUGCCAAGAUGUAUCGCUAGACCUCUACUCAAGACGGCAACGCUCAUCGAUAUUCCUCCAUUCAUGUCUUAUGCCGCUGCAUAUGCUCUCUACAACUAUUGCUAUCAUGAUCCAGCCAUCGGCCAUUCUCGGUACUCGAACUUGCGCCUCAUACGCGCGUUUGAGCAAGGCUUGGACCCAAGAUCUUCCGAAGCAGGAUUCGUCCUGACCCAUGUAGACAUGGUCAAGCAUUCUCCAGCCUUGAUCCAAGGUGUCACUCGCAUACUUGAUAUGAUUGAAGAAUCAACCCGGACACCCUCUUUUAACAACCGAGAUGGAGUCAAUCAAGGCUUCGAGAUCCUCUUGGGCGCUAUGGAGAAAAUCGAGGCCUCCAUGGAGACGAUGUGGUCCAACUCGCUGCCCAGGGAUUAUAAUGCCUAUCGCACAUUCAUCUUUGGGAUCACCAGCCAGUCAAUGUUUCCCAGUGGUGUGGUGUAUGACGGGCACAACGGCAACAAACCGCUAUUCUUCCGAGGCGAAUCAGGUGCAAAUGACAGCAUGAUCCCGUUGCUUGACCAUUUGCUAGAGAUUCCAAUGCCAGCCAACCCACUCACUGCGAUUCUCGAGGACUUCCGAGCAUACCGUCCUUUACCACACAGACAGUUUUUGAGUUUUGUAAGCGGCAAAGCAGCAGAGCUUGAGGUUGCAGCUUACUGUCGGGCUGAUCCUACCACUGCUAUCCUCUACCUACAACUGCUGGAUCACGUCCGAAGCUUCAGAUGGAGACAUUGGCUAUUUGUAAGAGAGUAUAUCCUCAAACGCUCAAAACAUCCUACCGCAACUGGCGGAAGUCCUAUUGUCACAUGGCUGCCUAAUCAGCUUCUGGCGGUGAUGGACCUAAUGGUCGAUGUCUACGAAGGAAGCCUCUCAGGAAAAAUCGAAGGGUUCAAGAGACUUCAAGAGAUGAUGGAUAAUGCGAGAAAGCAACGGGCCAAGCUUGAAAAGGAGGUGCAAAAGUGGUGCCAGGAAAGGGGAGUGUGA